UCCGGGUAGGAAGCUGUGACGGCCAUAUUUGAUUCGAUUAUGCUGUUGUGGCUGCGACAACCAGUUUAACGAGUUCCAGCCUGAACGGUGUUUCUGCUCCGGUACGAGGCGGAUUCAAACUGCACCCGCGACCGACUCCCUCUGCUCCGGUGACGGAUCUGAACCAGCCGAGCUCCACCAUGAACCCCGAGUAUGAUUAUUUAUUCAAACUGCUGCUGAUCGGUGACUCUGGCGUCGGGAAGUCUUGUCUCCUGCUGCGGUUUGCAGAUGACACGUACACAGAAAGCUACAUCAGCACCAUCGGCGUGGACUUCAAGAUCAGGACCAUCGAGCUGGACGGAAAAACCAUCAAGCUUCAGAUUUGGGACACGGCCGGUCAGGAGCGAUUCCGCACCAUCACGUCCAGUUACUACAGAGGAGCUCACGGCAUCAUCGUAGUUUACGACGUAACAGAUCAGGAGUCCUUCAACAACGUCAAACAGUGGCUACAGGAGAUCGACCGCUACGCCAGCGAGAACGUCAACAAGCUGCUGGUCGGCAACAAGUGUGACCUCACGACGAAGAAGGUGGUGGAUUACACCACAGCUAAGGAAUUUGCAGACAACUUGGGAAUCCCCUUCCUGGAGACCAGUGCCAAGAGCGCCACCAACGUGGAGCAAGCCUUCAUGACCAUGGCGGCCGAGAUCAAGAAGAGGAUGGGCCCUGGGGCCACGGCUGGCGCCUCUGAGAAAUCUAAUGUCAAGAUCCAGAGCAAGCCCGUCAACACCUCGUCCGGCGGCUGCUGCUGAGGCCUGAAAAAUACAAAACAAAACGCCACGACAUUCGAAUUAACCCCAGAGCCCGAGACCAGUCUCAAUGUUACGACGCUCCACAAGGACAGACAACCAGGGGGGGACAGGAAGGAGGACAGGUUUGUUAUUGUGCGUGCAGCUACGACACCAGAUCUCCGCCCCCGACCUUUCUAAAUCAGCAAUAGGACGAUAAUCUCCGCUAGCCUUUUUUCAUCCUACACCAAAACAAAGUCGACCGUUUUUAACAGUGACAUGAAUCCACUCGUCUUUUUUUCACUUCACUUCUCCUCGGCUCCUCCCUCUCUUCCACCCUCCAAACACCGAGUCGUCUUUGGCCGCCGCCCGAACACGAGUCGCUGAGCACCUUGAAUGAAGCACAUGCUUAAAAACCAGCAUCACGCAUGUUAGAGCCAAUCACACGCCCCCUGUUGCGUCACCUGCUUCAGCGUCACGCCGUCGCCCCUGACAACCACUUGCCAGUGCUUUCGUGGCAGGAGACGACGUCACGUUCUUGUCAACAUCUUCCCCUCGCGAUUUCCGAACGAGCCCAGUUUGUAUGAUAGUUAACAUUCCUGUACACACACAGUACGUGUCGGGCUCUGCGUGUGCUCUGCUGGUCGUCAUGUAAUAAGCGUGUGCUGCAUUGGGAGACGUGUCGUCAGCCGUGUUGAUUUCUCUGCUCAUGUUUCUCAGCACAACCACAGUAACGAACCUAUAAACUGUAUAUAUUUAUACAUACGUGUAACAUGUGAUCUGCAGAUUGUGUAGGCAAGCGAAUGACAUGAUACAUAGCUGAAUUAGUUCCACACGUGAUCGGUGACAUAACAUUUUUGUGGCACAAUGUCUACUAUUAAAACAAUGAAGGAGAUCUUUGAUAA